UUUGCUGUCUAAAAGGUGGAGAGUUGCUUCUGUCCUAGUCCAUUCCAUCUACUCCCUCCCCUCUCCUCUCUCAAAUUACUGUUUUGCAGCCACAGCUGUGAGGCACCAUGUGUGAUGAUGAUGAAACCACUGCCCUUGUCUGUGACAAUGGUUCUGGGCUUUGCAAAGCUGGGUUUGCAGGAGACGAUGCCCCAAGAGCUGUAUUUCCAUCCAUCGUUGGACGUCCUCGACAUCAGGGUGUUAUGGUUGGAAUGGGUCAAAAGGACAGCUAUGUAGGGGAUGAAGCACAAAGUAAAAGAGGGAUCCUGACACUGAAGUAUCCCAUUGAGCAUGGAAUCAUCACUAACUGGGAUGACAUGGAAAAGAUUUGGCAUCAUUCUUUCUAUAACGAGCUCCGUGUUGCACCAGAAGAACACCCUGUGCUGCUCACUGAAGCCCCCUUGAACCCGAAGGCGAACCGUGAAAAAAUGACUCAGAUUAUGUUUGAGACGUUCAAUGUGCCAGCCAUGUAUGUAGCAAUUCAGGCAGUGCUGUCUCUGUAUGCAUCUGGACGAACUACUGGGAUAGUUUUGGAUUCUGGGGAUGGUGUCACACAUAAUGUGCCCAUCUAUGAGGGCUAUGCCUUGCCUCAUGCCAUUAUGAGAUUGGAUCUUGCAGGCAGAGACCUGACUGACUAUCUCAUGAAGAUCCUUACAGAGAGAGGCUACUCUUUUGUCACCACUGCGGAACGGGAGAUUGUGAGAGAUGUAAAGGAGAAGCUUUGUUACGUAGCUCUGGAUUUUGAAAAUGAAAUGGCAACUGCUGCGUCCUCCUCCUCUCUUGAAAAGAGCUAUGAACUUCCUGAUGGGCAAGUCAUCACCAUUGGAAAUGAACGAUUCCGAUGCCCAGAAACUCUCUUCCAGCCAUCCUUCGUAGGGAUGGAGUCUGCAGGUAUCCAUGAAACUACAUACAACAGUAUUAUGAAAUGUGAUAUUGACAUCCGUAAGGAUCUGUAUGCCAACAACGUACUCUCUGGAGGAACCACAAUGUAUCCUGGUAUUGGUGAUCGUAUGCAGAAAGAGAUUACAGCUUUGGCUCCAAGUACCAUGAAGAUUAAGAUGAUUGCACCACCAGAACGUAAAUACUCUGUCUGGAUUGGGGGUUCAAUAUUGGCAUCGCUGUCCACUUUUCAGCAAAUGUGGAUCAGUAAAGAUGAAUAUGAGGAAGCUGGCCCCUCUAUUGUCCAUCGCAAGUGCUUUUGAAUACUUCCAUCAUGUACUGUCAGUGAUAAGUAGUGCUGUUUUUCAUGUUACCUGCUCUCAUUUACUCUGAGGGAAUUACACGGUUUGGCUUUUUUCUACCUGUAAUAAAGCACAUUAUAGGGGUGUCAUACAAAUUAGUAUAUUACUUCUUAUUUUUUAAUGCUAAAAUGAGGCUAAUGUUUCAGUGAUGGGUGUUUUUCAAGAUAAAUAACAAUUAUAGUACAUGGUUUUGUAGACUUCCUCCCCUUCUCAAUUUGGAAGCACUGAACUGCCAUCCAUUCAGGAGGCAGAAACAGUACAUCUGUAUGUUACUCUCUGCUAAUUGGUGGUGAGUCUGAAGUACCCACAUAGAAAGUAAUUCGUUCAAACUCAGACAUAAUGCAAGGUUUAGGUACCACAUAUGGCUUAUUUUAUG